AGCCCGCGGGGAAGCAGGCACCAUGGAGAAGCUGCUCGUGUUGGGCUCCAUCCUGCUCCUCCUGACCGCUUCUGCAGACACUUCACCAAUUCUGAAUGAAAAGGAAGCCAAGCAGAUCCUGAGAACUCGUCGUGAAGACAGACAAAGAAAAGCUGGUUUCCCUGAUGAGCCAAUGAGGGAGCACAUGCUUUACCUCCAGCGCCUGGAGCAGAGAUCAGAAGAACAAUUCCUGGAGCACUGGUUAAAUCCACAUUGCCUUCCACACUGCAACAGGGAUUUAGUCCAUCCAAUCUAAUGGAUUUACCUGCCUUAUGUCUUCGUGUGCAUUUAAGAGGAUAUGUGCUUUGUGUUUUGGUGGACAAGAUUAUUCCUGCACUGGCCGUGUGUUGAACCUCUUUGGAAUACAGUGUAAUUCUAGUGAUUUAGGAAAGCUUUCAACCAUACAUGUCUAGCUAUGUUAUACACUACCUUAUAUUUUCUACCUGUAGAGAAAAUACUGCUUGCAUGCAUGAAUAAAAAAAUUAAAAAAUCACAGGUUUCCCCCAAAAUCUGAGCUAUGAGUAAGAAUUUAUCACCGAGUAGUGAUUCCAAAAGCAUUAGAAUAUGUUUUUAAGGAUAAAGCUUUAGACUAUUUGAGGCAAAAGAGCAUGAAGGGAAGGAUGGUAGAAAAUUGGACAAUAUAAAUAUGAAGGUUUUGGUGGGUCUUGCAUUGUUGUUAGCAUUUGUAAAUUGCAAUAGAAUUAUUUA